ACCAAGAAGAAUAAUGCUAACGUUCUUUUCUUUGUAUAUUAUAAUGAUUGUAGUCCAUUUAACUUCAAUUUUGAAUUUUGAUGAUUGAUUAAGCAAGGAAAACUUUAUAAGAAAAAUUAAUAAUAAUAAUAAGAGAAGAGGAGAGAAAGACAAGAAACUGCCGCCUGCAACGCACCCAGCCUCCGAUCAGACACGAUUCCGUCCACAUUCAUUUCUCCCCAAAAUCUCAAUAAAAUCCCUAAAAUUCCUCGUUCGAUAAAAUCCCUAAAAUUCCUCGUUGCCAUGGCAGACUUCCAAUUCGAUCCGGCCUUCAUCCUGGCCCCCGACCACCGCCCUAAACUCGCCGUCGCCGAGUUCGCCGACGGCAUCCCCGCCGUCGACCUCUCUCUCCCCGACGGCGAUCUCGUCCGACAAGUCGGCUCUGCCUCCAGAGACUGGGGAUUCUUCCUGGUGACCAACCACGGUGUCGCUCUGGAGAAGCGGCGGCGGAUAGAAGCCGCCGCCAGGAUGUUUUUCCGGCAGAGUUUGGAGGAGAAGAGGAAGGUACGGAGGGACGAAGGCAGAUCCACCGGAUAUUACGACACAGAGCUCACCAAGAACGUCAGAGAUUGGAAGGAGGUCUUUGAUUUGACGGUGGCCGACCCGACCGUCGUUCCGGCCUCGCCGGAGCCCCACGACGGCGAGUUGACUCAUUGGACCAAUCAGUGGCCGGCGUACCCUCCGGAAUUGAGGACUUGGCGCUGGCGACAUUGUUAAUGAGAGUAGUGCCAUUGUUCAGCGAAGAAGACAUGUGCAACGAAUUGAAGCUGACGGAGGAAAAUUACGGGUCGGUCAAACGGGUAUUCGUCAUGU